AUUGGGAGAGGAAACCAGCGGUCGGUUGGAGAGAAAAUAAAGAUAAGAAAAUAAAAAAAAAGGAGAGAGAAAGAGAGAAGCACUCUGGAAUUUUCUUUCCUUUGAGGACCAGGAAUCCCAAUCCCUAAGGGACCGCCUGGUUUUCCUUUUUCUCCUCUUUCUUCUUUGUUUUUGUUGUCUUUGCUUUCCUCUCAAUAAAUACGUUCACCCUUACAAUCCUCUUCUCCCCAAAUUCGUCAACAAACGAAUCGAUUCUGCGAUCGCGUUCUUAAUUCCGUUUCCAAAACAGAGGAUUGAGAUCGUAAUGGCGGAAGAGCAUCGCUGCCAGCCACCGCAACUAUGCGUUAAUAACUGCGGCUUUUUCGGAAGUCCGACGACGCAGAAUUUGUGUUCCAAAUGCUACCGUGACUUGCAGCUCAAGGAACAACAGGCGCUCGCGCUCAACCAAACUUUGAUAUCCUCCUCUUCUUCUCCCUCUUCCUCAUGUCCGCUUUCAUCUCCGCUGGUCUCCGUCUCGCCCUCGCACGAGGCGCGGGUGGAGCGUGUGAUCGAAGCGAAGGAAGAAGAGAAGGAGGCGGCGCCGUCCGCAGGGGCGCAUGCAAACAAGUGCAAGACGUGCCGGCGGCGCGUCGGGUUGACGGGGUUCCAGUGCAGGUGCGGGAUGACGUUCUGUGGGAUCCACAGGUACCCGGAGCAGCACGCGUGCGGGUUCGAUUUCAGAGGGAUGGGAAAGGAGCAGAUCGCCAAGGCCAACCCGGUCGUCAAGGCGGAGAAGCUGCAGAAGAUCUGAGAGGAGGCGGCCGUCAAUAUCGUUAUUGUCAGGGUUGUAAUGGUCAUUUUACUUUUCGUGGUUUGGGAAAUUUGGGUCGGGGUUGGUUGGCGAGUGGUGUGGGAGGGAUAAUGCUAUUGCUUGGUCUUUGUAAAUAUUUAAUCAUAAUUUAAUGGUUUCUGGUUUUA